UGAUAGUCAUUGACAAAUAUACUUUAGAUGGUCGAUGGCAUUUUAAUAAGCCUUAUAAUAAUUUUUAUAAUAAUCUUUAUCAAUGCAAUAUAAUUUUUGAGAAUCAUGAUGAAAAGGGAUCUAUACAGGGGCAACUUCGGCGACAGCGAGCAAAAUGCGUCGGAAUCCAAUUUGAAGUGUAAAAAAUCUAACCAUAUUUUCAACGAGGCCGGAGAGAACAUACAAUAUCACAGUGAUUCCGAAUCACUGGGCUCUAGGAAGAGUAAGACCCGUUACGUUAAUCCUGCUAUUUAUAUAGAGCCUGUGGAAUCUUCGAGAUCUGCGACUUCUCUGCAGACAGAUUUAUCAUGUGUCGAAGAUGUGACUCCGCAUCCUCACAGCACUUACAGGAGUAACUCGACUCCUUUCCUCUCCGGUCGCGUAUCUACCACAUCCUCUGGUAGUGUAAAGAGGAAGUCCUGCCGUCUGGCAGCACACGAUUACGAAGGUCAAAUCGACGAGGAUAAUACGCCAAGGUUCGGACGGACAUAUCGCGAGGAAGCCGCGGAUACUUUCCGCUUGUCGGUCACAUCGCUUUCCACUACGACCACGGCGAAGGAAGAACGGGAACAAUCGGAGAAAAAGAAGCAAGAGGCAUUUCAACAGUGGCUUAAGAAGAAAGAACAAGAGAAACGUGAAAAAUUGCGUUUGGAGACAUUGAAGCGUCAGGCGGCGCCAAAAAUAACGCAGCAGCAGCGCGAGGAAUCGUUCCGGCGCUGGACGGAACGUAAGCGUCUGCAGAUGGAGCGGCGCCGUGCGGACGAUAUCAUGCGCAGGUUCGCGCAGAGCGAGCAUCUCGAGCGCGAGAAGGAGAAGCGCGAGAGGGAGAAGCAGGAGAAGUUGGCGGACUGGAUAUAUAAGAAGGAAGAGGCGAUGAAAGCAAUGAAGACACGCGAAGAGCGACGUGCGGCGCGCGCUGCUAUUGAAGAGCAGCGGCGACGCGCACAGGGCGAGCGAGCCUACCGCGACUGGCUGCGCACCAGCAAGCACAAGCCGCUGCCUGUGCCCCUUAACCAGGGGGAGCUUAGUAUGCGCGGAUCUGUGUCACAGAUGUACAUAAACCCAGUUCCAUGGAAAUCUGAGGUUUGAAGAUUACGAGAUUGAAAGUAGUUUGUUAAUUUGUUUUAAAGUAUUUAUUUUUUUCGUCAUCGUGUCUGUCGUCAAAAUCGUCAACAUUUACGUAUAAUUUUAGAUUCAUGUUGACUUUUCGAACGAUAAUUUUAUCCGUACUUGUAUUGUUUUUGGAAGUGAUGUGUUUGUGUAAAAUUAUACGAAAUAAAACAAGUUUGUUGGUUUGAAA